UUAUAAUUUUAUGUUUUUCUUCUUUUUGUAUUUAUUUAUUUGCUUUAUUUAUUGCAUACUGCUAGUUACAGUUAUCAAGUAUUAUAACAUGAUGUAGUUUUUAUUUAUUUCAAACUGUAUUCUGUUGGCAAUCAAGGGAUUUCUGUGGCUGUUUCUCAUACAGCUUAUGAUUUGGAUUUCAAGAGAUUUGGAACCCGUAUUUAAAUUGGAUUGUUAAUAAUCAUUUUAAAACACCGAAAAAACGCGACAUCAGAAUGGUGAAAAAACGCCGACUUUAUAAAUUUUACAAAUAAUAAAAAUGACGAUUAUGACAUUAUUUAACUUGGGCAAAUGCUAGACCAGUGUAGGCGUGGUGUAUCGUGACAGAAUAAUUCAUAAUCGACAAGUCGGGGUUUACAAGUCGUGCCCGUCGGGCGUCUAAUAACGUACGAAAAAAGACAGUGAAGAAACACAUUUAUUCUCACUAAAAUAAAAAUCGGAACCAGGAAAAAUGAUAAUUCUACUGUUGCUGUUUUUUGUCGCAAGUUUAUACUGGUUAUAUUGGACAAACAAAUCAAAAAGAAUGAAUAAAAUGACGGCGUCUCUGCCUGUGCCACCAACUUUACCAAUACUAGGAAAUGCUACACUUUUUAUUGGAGACACACAAAAAAUUCUAAAAAGCCUCGAAGACAUCGCUGAUAUUGCUAUUAAACACAAAGGCUCCGCAAAACUAUGGCUCGGUCCGAAGUUAUACGUCGCGAUAGGCGACCCAGAGGACGCACAAGUAGUUCUAGAAAAUUGCCUUGACAAAGACGUGGUUUAUCGGUUCUUACGACCGUGGCUCGGACAUGGCCUUUUCGUGGCUCCAGUUUGUUUAUGGAAAUCGCAUAGAAAAGUACUAUUACCAGUGUUCCAUAAUAAAGUUGUUGAACAAUAUCUUCAAAUGAUAUCCGUACAAGCUGACAUCCUUGUCGAACGACUUAACGAAAAAGCAAAUAAAGGAGAGUUCGAUGUUCUUAAAUACAUAACCGCUUGUACAUUAGACAUAGUGUUCGAAACAGCGAUGGGCGAACGAAUGGAUGUUCAGCGUUCUCCCGACACUCCUUACUUGCGAGCUCGGCAUACAGUUAUGACAAUACUAAACAUGCGCUUCUUUAAAGUAUGGCUUCAACCAGACUGCAUUUUUAAUUUAACAUCUUAUAGUAAACAGCAGAAGGACAACAUAGAUCUCACUCACAAGUUCACAGAUGAGCUCUUUCAGGUUGUUAAGAAAAGAAGACUUGAAUAUGAAAGAAAGAAAAAUUACGGUACAGAUCAAUAUACGGGGAAAGUUCGACCCGUUCUUGAUAUGCUUUUCGGUCGUGAAAUUGAAUUUACUGACGAACAGCUUCGAGAACAUAUCGAUUCGAUUACAAUCGCCGGCAACGACACUACAGCGCUUGUAAUUGCGUACACUCUUGUACUGCUAGGAAUACAUCAGAACGUACAAGAAAAAGUUUACCUUGAGCAGAGAACAAUCUUCGGAGACUCCAAACGAGGCGCCGACAAAGUUGACGUAGCACAAAUGCAAUAUUUAGAGAGAGUACUGAAGGAAAGCAUGAGGCUUUAUACCGUGGUCCCGAUUAUUGCCCGUAACGUUCACAAGGAUACGUACCUCCCCCGCUGUGGAGUGACAUUGCCAGCUGGAAUCGGGGCUGUAGUCGGGCCUUUUGCCAUACACCGGUCCAAAUCAGUAUGGGGUCCCGACGCUGAUGAGUUCGAUCCCGACAGAUUUCUACCGGAAAGGUCUUUGAAUAGGCAUCCGGCUGCGUUCCUGCCUUUCAGCCACGGAUCCAGGAACUGCAUCGGACGGAACUUCGGCAUGCUGAUAAUGAAGAGCAUUGUCUCAACCAUCUCCAGGUCUUAUAGAAUCGAAGCAGAUGAACUUGGGCCGCUUAAGAUUGAAAUGCUUCUAUUUCCAAUCAGAGGUCAUCAAAUUAGAAUAUCUAGAAGAGAAACUUUAGCUUAAUUUAAACUAAAUUUUUAAGUUAAUUAUAAACACUCCAAAGAAUAUGCAAAAAUAAAAUCGAAUGCCGUUCCGUAUCGCUUUCAUUUGUUUCUUUUAAACAACAUUACGUACAUACAUAUGAUGUACUCUAAAAAAAUGUUUUUUUAAUAAAGAUACUGAACAAGAA